AUGUCCCCUCUCCUGGCUGACCUGACAGCCACAGAGGCGGACAGCGGUGGAGCAGCAGAGCUCGGAGGAGGGCGCGGAGGCAGCGUGGCCGUCUUCCACAGCAAGAAACGACUUUUCGAUCUGCUCAGCCGAAGUGCUCUGCAGCUGUGCUCAGGGGAGACACAAAACCAGAAACGAAUGGCCCUGAGUGAGCCUGUACUGACGCGACAUAACAGCUGGGAGCCAGAGGAGAACAUCUUGGACCCGAGGCUGCUCCUGGCCUUCCAGAAGAAGGAACAGGAGAAGGAGGUGCAGAACCGGAAGAGAGGCAAGAGGCCCAGGGGCCGGCCAAGGAAGCACACGGUGAUGUCCUCCUGUAGCCGGCGCGCCAGGCUCAAGGAGCCUGACGCACCCUCCAAAUCCAAAUCCAGCAGCUCCUCGUCUUCUUCUACAUCAUCAUCCUCUUCCUCAGAUGAAGAGGAUGACAGUGACUUAGAUGCCAAGAGGGGCCCCCGGGGCCGCGAGACCCACCCAGUGCCUCAGAAGAAAGCACAGAUCCUGGUGGCUAAGCCUGAGCUGAAGGAUGCCAUCAGGAAGAAGCGGGGACGCAAGCCCCUGCCCCCGGAGCAGAAGGCGGCCCGGAGACCCGUGAGCCUGGCCAAGGUGCUUAAGGCCGCCCGCAAGGAUCUGGGGGCCCCAGCCAGCAAGCUGCCCCCUCCACUCAGCGCCCCCGUGGCGGGUCUGGCGGCCCUGAAGGCCCACGCUAAAGAGGCAUGCAGCGGCCCCAGCACCGGGGCCACCCCAGAGAACCUGGCCAGCCUGAUGAAGGGCAUGGCCAGCAGCCCCGGCCGGGGCGGCAUCAGCUGGCAGAGCUCCAUCGUACACUACAUGAACCGGAUGAGUCAGAGCCAGGCCCAGGCUGCCAGCAGGCUGGCGCUGAAGGCCCAGGCCGCCAGCAAGUGCGGCCUCGGGCUGGACCUGAAGGUGAGGACGCAGAAAGGGGAUCUGGGGAUGAAUCCCCCCGGAAGCAAAGUCCCAAAGACCCCCAGCAGUGGGGCUGGAGAGCAGAAAGGGGGGAGUACAGGGGGCCCCCCGCAUGCCCAUGGCAGCAGCAAGGUCCCUGCCAACUGCCCAGGCCCCCAGCUGGCACCCACCCAAGAGCUGAGCCUCCAGGUCUUGGACUUACAGAGUGUCAAGAAUGGCAUGCCUGGAGUGGGCAUGCUUGCCCGCCAUGCCACCACCACCAAGGGUGUCCCUGCCACAAACCCAGCCACUGGGAAGGGCACUGGGGGCAGUGGGGCCAGCAUACCUGCCGAUACCAGCAAAAGUGAGAAGCUGGCCUCCAUGGUGGCAGCUUUGCCCACCCCUGCUGGCAAGAGGGACUGCCUGAAGGGCAGUGCUGUGCCCGGCGGGCAGGAGGGCCACGUAGCCCCAGGAGAGGUCCGCAAGGCAGCUGCGCUGUCAGAGAUGAGCACGGGCGAGGAGAACAGCAGCUCUGACUCAGACCCCGACUCAGCCUUGCUCCCCAGCGCCGGGCAGAACCUGUCGGUGUCUGUCCAGACCAGCCAGGACUGGAAGCCCACCCGCAGCCUCAUCGAGCACGUCUUUGUCACUGAUGUUACUGCCAACCUCAUCACCGUUACAGUGAAGGAGUCCCCUACUAGCGUGGGCUUCUUCAACCUGAGACAUUACUGA